CGCGGCUGUGAGGGGGCGGUUGCCGCCGUUCCCCCGGCGCGGCUGUGAGGGGGCCGCUGCCGCCGUUCCCCCGGCGCGGCUGUGAGGGGGCCGCUGCCGCCGUUCCCCCGGCGCGGCUGCGGCCCCGCGGCCAUGCUGAGGCUCCGCCUGCUGACGUGGGACGCGAAGGACACGCUGCUGCGGCUGCGGCUGCCCGUGGGGCAGAGCUACGCGGCCGCGGCCCGGGCGCUGGGGCUGCGGGUGGAGCCGGAGGCGCUGGGCCUGGCGUUCCGGGACGCGUACGGAGCCCAGAGCCGGCGCUUCCCCAACUACGGCCGCGGCCGGGGGCUCAGCUCCCAGCAGUGGUGGGCGGCCGUCGUGAAGGAGACCUUCAGGCUGGCGGGCGUGCGUGAGGAGGGAGCGCUGGCGCUGCUGGCGGAGCGGCUGUACCGCGACUUCUGCGGCGCCGGGAGCUGGGAGGUGCUGCCGGGAGCCGCGGCCGCGCUGAGCCGCUGCCGCCAGCGCGGCUUCCGCAUGGGGGUCGUGUCCAACUUCGACAGCCGCCUGGAGGACGUCCUGCGGCGCUGCGGCCUGCGCCACCACUUCGACUUCGUGCUCACGUCCGAGGCCGCCGGCUUCGCCAAGCCGGACAGGAGGAUCUUUGAGAAGGCCCUGAGCCUCGGCGGGGCUCCCCCGGAGCUGGCGGCCCACGUCGGGGACGACUACCGGCGGGACUACGGCGGGGCCCGAGGCGCGGGCAUGCACGGCUUCCUGCUGCGGCCCGCGGGGCACGGCCCGGAGCCACGCGUGCCCCCCGAGCACGUCCUGCCCACGCUGGGCCACCUCCUGCCCCUCAUCCAGAAGGGGUAGCGGCUGGGGCGAGCUGGGGCUGGCGCUGGGCUCUCGCUGCUCGCCGGGCAGGGGAAGGCGGCGGGUGAGCGGCUGUGUGGAGGGGCGGGAGGCUGUGCGUGCAAUAAAGCGUCUCUGACACUCGGCAGCGCUGCCAGGGGCUUUCAGAGCGGUAUAAACACAGCGGGGGGGUGCUGCCGCGGGGCCAGGGUCACGCUGCACCCCCGAGGCUCGUUCCAGCAGGAGGGGGGGAAGCACACACUGAGGUUUAUCCCUUGAGCUGGGGCCAGCCCUGGCCCAGGGAAGGUCUCUUGGUGCCCCGGGUUUGCCCCCUCACCAGCACGCCCCUGUUCCCAACAGCCGUGCUCCUGCAGGCCUCUGCUCUGGGCAGAACAGGCUGGAGCUGGGCACUGUCAUGAAAUACAUUGCCAAUUAACAAACUUUCCCGCUCUGGGCAGUGAGAAAUAAAGGUGGCACAUUUUAAA